AUGGGUCUGAAAUCCGUAGUGGAUUAUGCGACUUCAAUUUGUACUAAAUAUGGUCAAAAAGUGCAGAGACUUUCUGGUUUAGGAAUGCAACUGUCAUCUGUGCCAGAUGAUAUGGAUAGACCAUGUAGACUUGCAUGUCAAGAUCAGACAGUACAGCACAGAUUUUAUAUUGUUAACGGUGAAGUCGGAUGGUUUCCUUUCGGUACUGAUUGCGCUCGAGGAGAUCCGGACCGACGGGCAUUUUGUUUGAGUGGAAAAUGUUUAGACUUUGGACAGGAUAACAUGCCAUUAUCGGUAGAAGAAGUGACAUCACAUAAUAAUUUCAGUUCAAAUAAUCGUAUAAAAAGAAGUUUGUCUGUACAGGAUAGCGAUUAUACAGUGGAUCAGAUCAUACAAUAUUUCUUUAAUAUAAAUAGAGAGAAGAGAAAACCAAUUAUAGACCGAGACACGAUAUCGCUAGACUUUGAUAAUCCUAUAGAAAUACAUAAUACGUGA